AUGGCGACGACGGCUAAGAAGAAAGGGGCGCCGAAAAGCCUGGCGGCUGGACGGCCUCCAAUCUUGCACCGGCCCAAGACGAUUUCGAGGAGCGCGACCAAAGCUCUCAUCAACAAGCACCAUCUGCUGCAGAAGAGAAAGCGGCAGGCUAUCGCCAAGGGAGACAAGGCUGAGGAGGCGGCCAUCGACGCCGAGAUCGAGGCAUUGGGCGGCAUUCAGAGUUAUCAAGAGGCCAGUCUGCAAGGCCAAAGACAGGACCGAGGCGGGGACAGCUCUCGGGUUCUCAUGCAAUGGCUGGAACCGUGUUUCUCGUCUCUAUCUAAGAAGAAAUCCGGUCGCCGUCUUCGGAUGUUGGAGGUUGGCGCACUCAGCACGCAGAACGCCUGCUCGAAGAGCAACCAUCUCGACAUUGAGAGGAUCGACCUAAACAGCCAAGAAGAAGGCAUCCUGCAGCAAGACUUCAUGGAGCGGCCCUUGCCACGAGACGAGUCUGAGCGGUUCGACAUGAUCUCUCUUUCACUGGUCCUCAACUAUGUGCCUGAGUCAAAAGGGCGAGGAGAAAUGCUCCGCCGGACGACACAGUUCCUUCGGGGCCCAGGUCGAUACAUUGGAGAUCCCCAGCUGGCGGUUAACUUUCCGAGUCUCUUUCUCGUUUUGCCAGCGCCAUGCGUGAUGAACUCUCGGUAUCUGGACGAGGAAAGGUUGAUCGCCAUCAUGGAAUCACUUGGGUACACCAAGGUGGCGUCCAAGACAACUCAGCGGUUGGUCUACUACCUCUGGAGAAGGGACCGAGUUUGCAAAGGGGCUGGAGUCUCAUUUUCGAAGAAAGAGGUCCGCUCUGGGUCAACACGGAACAAUUUUGCUGUUGUCUUGAGCUGA